ACUUUGUAAAUAAAUAUGCACACACCAACCAGAAUAUUCAUAAAAUAAAAAGGUCGAUUUCUCACAACGGCAAUGGAGAACGCCACAGAACUUGCGGCCAGCCAGGCGCCUAAACCCGCUGAUAUGAGUGCAGCUCCAAGGUCUCCCUCGCAUAGUGGCUCAGACACAUCUGACGUUGACUUGAACGAAGAUGAUGAAGGUUGGGAAGAUGCUGAGCCUGAAGAGGAACAGGAUCAAAUUGUUUCCUUAUUCGACGACAAAGUAUUUACCGAUGUGUCUUCUAUGCUUUUGUACUGCAAAGAAAAGUAUGGAUUUGACUUUCUCGAAAUUCGAAAUAAAUUCUCUCUAGAUUUCUAUGGUUCUAUCAAGCUGGUAAAUUACAUACGCACCGCUGUCCGGAAUGGGCAAACUACUUUGGCAGACGUUGCAAAGGCCGAUUUCGAGGAUGAUAAAUUCAUGAUUCCAGUCCUACAAGACGAUGCGUUACUCUUCAACCUAGACGACCUUCCACCCGCAUGCAAGCAAGGUGAUGAGCCGGUCGCCGACGACCGCAACCUCCUGGUGCGCGUUGCAGAACUCGAAGAGGAGCUUCGGAAAACCCAGUUUCAAUUCGAGGAUUAUAGGAGUGUGGUGAAGAAGACUUUGACAGACAAAUGGAACGACACUUCCGCAGAUAAAAAUGCCGUUCUUCCUGAGCCACCAGCAGAGAAAAGAGACGAUGAUUCCCACUACUUCACAUCGUAUUCAUACAAUGACAUUCAUGAAACCAUGUUGAAGGACACCGUCAGGACCGAUGCAUACCGCGAUUUUAUAUAUCAAAACAAGCACCUGUUCAAAGGCAAGGUGGUGCUUGAUGUGGGCUGUGGAACUGGGAUUCUCAGUUUAUUCUGUGCGAAGGCUGGUGCAGCUAGAGUCAUUGCUGUUGACAACUCCGACAUCAUCGACAAGGCUCGCGAGAACAUAUUCAACAAUGGGUUUGCUGAUACCAUUACUUGCCUGAGAGGUAAGGUGGAAGAAGUAACUUUGCCGGUGGAGAAGGUCGACAUUAUCGUCAGCGAAUGGAUGGGCUAUUGCUUACUAUACGAGGCUAUGCUUGACAGUGUUAUCUGGGCCAGAGACAAGUACCUCAAGCCAGAUGGGCUCAUGGUUCCUAGCCAUAUGAAUAUGUGGGUUGCGCCGGUUUCCGAUGCCGACUACGUAGCGGAUCAUUUUACAUUCUGGAGGGAUGUGUAUGGCUUCGAUAUGAAGGCGAUGAUGGCCGGCAUCCGUGAGGAUGCCCAGGUCCUGCACAUGCCGGGCAGUACCAUUUGUGGCGACGCCUUUCCUUUCCUCCAGCUGAGCCUCCACACAACUACGGUGAAGGACUUGGUCUUCACAAGGCCAUGGAAGACUACCUUCACAAGCGAUAUCGAUAGACUGGAUGGGUUCGAUAUCUGGUUCGACACAUUCUUCAUGCCAUCUGGAAGCGAUGCCGUUCCGGUCGACGCAAGAGCGGAGGACUGGACUAAGCAGAAACAGAAGGGAGUAGCGUUCACCACCGGGCCGUUCGGCAAAGAGACGCAUUGGAGACAAGGCGUGAUGUUUAUAGAUCAUGAAGGGGCGAAGAGCAGCAAAACAUUUGCAGUAGGGGAUACUUUGGAGGGAAGCCUUGAGUAUGCCGUGCCAGAAGACAAUUCCAGAGCGCUGGACGUCAAGUUUUCAUGGGCUAGUGGACCAGACAAGGAGACCACGACUCAGACCUGGAAGAUGAGGUAGACGGCGCUCAAAUGCUAUAUACUACUUGAGUAAAAAUGAAUGACAGAAAAAUAAGAAGUAACUCUA